UGAAAGUUUCUAACUCAUUUGCCAAAUAUUGGGGAUUCAAAUUUGACCCUAAGAAAUCUCAAAUUAUGCCAAUUGGUAGAAAAAUUAAUACAAAUAAUCAAUGGAAACUUGGACAACUAUCAUUAAAAGAAACCAAAACAUAUAAGUAUCUAGGUGUUAUUUUAAAUAAUACUCUAAAAGACUCAGACCACUUUAAUACACUUAUUAAAGAGAAAGCUCGAAAGACCAGAUUCUAUAUCUGUAGCACCCUUAAUAAACACUCAAAUCUAGAAAGAUUCAAAUUUGGGGAUGUUUUACAUAAUAAUGUUUUCAUACCAGCAGUUCUCCAUGCAUGUGGAGUUAUUUCAUUUGACAAUAAUACAAGAAUGAAUGCUAUGAACUCAUAUCAGUAUAAUGUAGGAAGAGCAAUAUUUAAUAUAAAAAGUACACCAGCUAGGGACGCUCUACUUGGUGACCUAGGUUGGAGACCAAUUAUGAAUGUUAUAGAUAAACGUAAAAUAGAUUAUUUUAUUCAUUUGAAAAAUAGAGCUAAAAGUUGUAAGAUCUUAGGUGAUAUUUACAGUGAUAUGUUCUCUAACUUUAAAGCAAAGAAAAGCUCAGUAUGGCCAUCUAUUGAUUCCGUGUCAAAGAUAUUAACUGCCCAUGGUCUAGACGGAUGCAUUUCAUCCGACAAUGCAGACUGGUACGACUCAUUUCUCAAAAUCUCAAAUGAUCAAAGAAAAUCUGAAUUUAUUGAAGCAAUCAAUGAUAAAAAGUCUUUGAACCUCUAUAAAAAUUUGAAAUUUAAUACAAAUAAAGAGAAGUACCUCAUGAACCAUACAGACUUUUACACCUCUCGACUUAAGUUUCUGGCCAGAACAGGCUGCUUUAACCUUGAGGAAGACAGAAAAAGAUGGAAAAUAAGUAACGGUUUUUGUAAAUUAUGUAACUUAAAUGUAAUAGAUGAUCCCAUCCAUCGUUUCCUCUUCUGUCCUCAUUUCCAGAAACAAAGAAUUGAAUUUAUACAUGAUUUAAGUAGUAAAUGUGAUGCUCCUGUUGUGUCUCAGUACCUAAAUUUCCCCCCACAAAUGAAAUUAAAGUGGAUUCUUGGGGAUGAUGUGUUUAACAUUUGGGGGCACGACAAUUGCUGGAAUUUUGAUGUUUGUACAAAAAGAUUUCUGCAAAAGGUGUAUGUGAAACAUAACACAGCGUGAUUUUAGCCUAUUUUAAUGAUUUUACUAAAAGCUUAUGUUUCAUAUUCCUCCUCGGAUUUUAGUAAAAAAUGUAUUGUUUGUAUACUACAUAUAUGUAAUAUUGACGCACCUUUGAGUGCCACUGUUAUAAAAGUGACUGUCAAAUAAAUAAUAAAUAAAUAAAUAAAUAA